AAUAAAAUUACAUCUCAAUUCGAAUUGAAAACUAGAAUCCGCAAACUGAACGAGGCCAAUAUCGUCUAAAAAACAAACAAACAAACAAAAGAGAAGAGAAAAAAAAAAAAGGCAAAUUAAUGAAGAUGGAUGGGAAAGAGAUGGCCGGUGGAGUAGUUACUCCCAUCGGCUCACCGGUUGGCGGCGGACCUGUUGAUAAAGACUUUGAGUUUGAGCCUCAAACUGAGACCCAUGAAGAAGAGGGAGCUCGUAUUGUAGUUUCACAUCUUCCUGGUUUUCGUGAGGAGGACAUAAGAAUCAUGCUUGAACAUGCUAACAAUAUUAGAGUCAAAGGACAGAGUAAAAAAUAUCAUCCUCUUCUUAAAAUCAGACAGAUUGAGCCUAUCACGACACCAAAGGAAUAUCUGCCAAUCAGACAGAUUACGGGUUUUAUUAAUGGAGAACGCAAAAGUACUCAAAAAGUAAAUGUAUCAUCAAGAGAUAUAACUAAUCAUCUUGCCACAAACAAAGCUAAUUAUGAUAAGGAGGUGGUUUCUGCAGGAGAAAAUAAAAACGAAGCUAAGGAGAAAUAUGUUUCUGCUCCAAAUGUUGAAAAGCUGAAUAGGGAAAAUGGUGAUCAUGCCAUAGAGGAAUUGGAUGAAAAGGACAGACAGAAGUUUAUAAACGUUGGUGUCGCAAUUCUGUGCUUGUAGCGUUUGGGGCAUAUGUAGGCUACAGCUUUGGGUCCUCAGAGAAAACAAGGAAAUAAUUACUCUAGUAAAUAUAUCCAUUAAUUACAUUAGAACACUUGACUUGUAUUAAUAUUACA